GAAUUGGACCCUCUCACAACACUGGAGGUGGAUGUGGACAUUCACUGUGUGUCAGAAUAUUAUUCGGAGUUGGAACGUAAUCCCUGACGGAGGAAUGGUGGAGGCUCUCUGAUCCGACAGUCUCCGCUAGAUCAUACACUACAGGAGAGACUACCUUAAUAACGGUAUACGGUCCGGCGAAUUUUGCAGCCAGUUUAGCUGCGAAACUGUCGAUAGCGGAUGAUAACGGAUUUGUGCGACGGAGAACUUUGUCACCUACAUGGAAGCGAACUUCUCUACGGCGUAGGUUGUAAUGAUGAGCCUGCUGUUCAAAAGCCCUGUACAACCGAGUUUGCACAAACUCAUGUGUUUCCUGCAGGUGCCGGAUUUGUUCUGUACGGGGCACCUUACGAGAUUCGGCCAAUCUCUCCACCUCCUCGAUGCAGCCGCUCACACUACCUGUGCCACCAAAUGAAAUAUUCCAUUUGUGGACAGGAAUGGUUGGCACCGGUGACGGUCGGGGUUCCGGUUCCAAUGGUACUCUCUCUCUGGUCAUGGUCCUGCCAGAGCUCACACGAGACGCAGGUGUACCAGUAUGUGAGACAUCAGCAGCUGUCGGAAGGUUGAUCCCAUCUCCAAGAUCAAUCAGGGAUGUUUCAGCUCUUUCCGGUUGGAUCGGGGACAUCCCAGGUGAACUGGGAACCUCCACAUCCAAGAGGGACCGUUCCUGCUGUCUGGAUGGCUGUCCACGGGUGUUACUACUACUCAGUUGCUCCAGUGUCUCCAAGGUCUUAGUUGUAGUCGCCUUCAGUUGUUCGAUCAGUUGUAACUGUGCUUCAUUGGAAGUGACAAUAAAGUUCAGUCUUCCCUGAA